AUGGCAAUUCAACAGCGCGCCUCGGGCAUCAUCACGUACGCUCAGAGCCUUAUCGAUACUAUCAUCAGCCCAGAUACUCGCAAGGCGUAUUACUACAAAACUGUAGCAUUUGCGCAGGACCAGCCAAUACUUUUCACUUUCGUCCUGAUCCAAUUCCUGCUCUCUUCCACACCCGUCGCUCUAUUCCUUGCCUUCGCCCUUGGCACACUCGCCCUCUCCUUCAUAACCGCCCUCCUGUUCUCCCUCUUUUGGAUAGGUGUCGCUCUCCUCCUCCUCGUGCCAACGCUCUUCAUCACCGUUUCGCUCGGAAUAGUUUUAUGGGUCUGGGCCGUCUCGAGCUUUCUGAUCGCGAGAUGGAUUUACAAUUUUGUGCCGGUACGUGUGGCGAGGAUAACGGAAGGCGAGAUGCCGAAUUGUUGA